UACUUUAAAAGAUGUUCAAAGAUAUUCUUGGGGGAAAAAAACACGUGUCAAUUGGCAUGCAGUGACCUCUAAAACAUAUCUGAAAACUCAUGGUUUCCAACGAAGAGUCAAAUGUCUUCGAAGAAACAUUUUGAGGAAAGGAAGAAAAAAAAUUCAAACCCGUCACCAAACCUGUAACCAGUCAAAGAAGGGAAAGAUGGGUUGCGGUGGUUCGAGGAUGGGUGGUGCGGAAGGGGAGGCGGUCCCAGCCGGCAUCCGGCCGCUUCUGAGACGGCGGCUGGGGGGGGUGAAGAAACGGAGCCAAGCAAGUGUUCUGAAAGGUAACCAGACCCUGUCCAAGAAGGAGCUUCUCCGGCACAGAAUCGGCAGCUCUGAUGGGGAGGAGACCGAGCAUGACGUCAGCAUGAGGUCAGCUAAGGUGGCUCCGGCCCCUGACCACGACGAGGUCAAUAACAAUAACAUGGAGGUUGUUUAUGAGGAGGUGGAGGAGAAGAUCAUCGAGGUUGUGAAGGAAGGAGAGGUCGAUCAUCAUGAUGGUCAUGGUCAUGGUCAUGUCUGUCAUGAUGGGUGUGAUGUGCAUGGCGAUGAUUAUCAUCAUGAGGAAGAGGAAGGGGAAUUAGAGAAGGACGAUGACGAAGAAGAGGGAAGAAUGAGCAACUUCGACGAGAGAAUGAUAUGUCCUGCAUCGCCUAGUUUCAGGGUUUAUUGCAUCCAUCUUUCGGAUUCCGACGAUGAAUUUGAAGAUAAAGAUGGAGAAGAGAAGAAGAAAUCGUCGCAGACAGAAAAUGGCGCCAUCGACGACGUGGAACCAAAGGAUCAAAGCAUGGAGAGAGUGAGAAAGGCGAAGAAAGGGCAAAGAAGAUUCAGGAUAUCAUUACCGAAAUCGGCAAAGCGGAAGAAGUGCCAUCUGUUCAACGUGACGGCGCCUUGCUACUCCGCCGUCGUGGCAAGAGGCUGCAUGGGAAACAACCACCCCAAUCCUCGCCUUGCCCACGAGAAACCGUCAACCCAUUGAUUCGAUACACAUAUAUACAUACACCUGUAUUUGGCCUUGAUUGACGACAGAACUAAUGUACCAGAGCAACGAGAAAACUAUGGGCUUAGAUUUUUUCUGAGGUUAAGCUUAGUUGUAUGUAUGUAGAUUAAGAUUGUGCAACAAAAAAAAUGAUGGUUUAAAGACUUAGCCUCGACCGAUUAAAUACGAAACAAAGAUUAAGAUUUUCAAAAGCAUUAAAAAUCAGAUGGUUAUGAUUUUUGUUCAACCGAAAAAUCGAAAAUAAUUGAAAAACCCAAAAAAUUCUUCAAAAAUUAAGCAUUUUCAUCCUAAAAAACCGAAUCUAACACAAAAAUCGAAUGGAUAUAUAGAUUCUCUAGAAUUGAAAAUACCAAAAACCGAACCCAAUACCGAAAUACAGAAAAAAAAAA